CUGCAGCCAGGGGUCUCAUCAUCUGUGUGAUGUGAGUUACAGCAGUGAUCUUAACUUCAGGGUUUUACAGGUUAACAGGCCAAACAUGGAUAUGUGGUACUUGUUGUUAGUUCCAGACUUGAUGCUAGUUUGAAUCCGGCGUCAUCGAUCUCUCAUCAUGAUGCGUUACUGGGGGGAGAUCCCCGGACCGGCGGGCGCACCUCCCAGCCGCAGCUCCUUUGACCUGCUCCAGCGCGAGUUCCGCUCCGUGGAGAUGCAGGACCCUCCCCUGCACCAGCCCUCGGCCCAGCGUCCGCGGCCUACCACGAUGCUGGACAUCCCCUCGGAGCCCUGCAGUCUCACCAUCCACACAGUGCAGUUGUGUCAGCAUGCUCGCAGACUCCGCAGCCUAUUGACAGCGGCCCAGGGUCAGGGUCAGAGCUCAGUAUCUAAUGAAGGCGGCAGCAGGAUGGAGGAGGCUGAUACCAACCUUCCGCCACGUCCUCCCACACCACCUAUCAUGCCAGAUGAUCUGCUGCCUGUUGACAGCAAAGCACCACGGCAACCCUUCCAGCUUCGCCACAGUGACCCUGAAAGUGACUUUUAUAUGGGUAAAGGCGAACCUGUCACAGAGCUGAGCUGGCCCUCCUGCAGGCAGCUCCUCUACCAAUCAGUGGCCACUGUGCUGGCACACGCUGGCUUUGAGUCAGCUCAGGAGAGCGUGCUGGAGACUCUGACCGACCUGGUCCAUGAGCAUUACCUGCGCCUCACUCGCCUGCUGCGGGUGGCGGUGGACCGGGAAGCACGGCUUGGGGCGAGUCCCUUCCCAGACGUGGUGGAGCAAGUGUUUCAUGAGGUGGGCAUCGGCAGCGUGCUGGCCCUGCAGCGCUUCUGGCAAGUUAGGAUCAAAGAUUAUCACAGCUAUAUGCUUCAGGUCAGUAAGGAUCUGUCAGAGGAAUACGAGCGGCUUGUGAACCCAGAAAAAGCUCUAGAGGAUUCCAAGCCCCUGAGGAUUAAGGACGAGCCCAUGAGUGACAUCUCCUUCCCAGUCAGUGAGGAGCCCGAAGCCGACCUGGCCUCUGGAGACCAGGCUCUGCCCAUGGGGGUCCUCGGGGCCCGUGGUGAAAGGCUGGCUUCAGGACUGGAUGCCGACCAUUCUCCUCACACGUCGGGUGGGGCCGGGGCCACCAACUCCCCCCUGUGGCCGCAGGUUAAAAUGGAGCCCCAGGAUGGCGAGGACGGCCACAGUUCAAGCCACCACCAUCACCACACUGUCCUGGGUGGGGAUGUGUUUGAGGAGGGAGGCCCCAUGUCCACCAUGAGUGAAUCGGGAGGAGCCAUGGCGCCCUCGCCUGGUGGUGCGACCUCAGAAGCCAGCUACGCUUCGCACUCACCUGACUCCUUGAUGGGCUCUUCACCCGUCUUCAACCAGAGGCCCAAGAAGCGGGCGAAAAAGAUGUGAAGUGUUGGAUGAGACAGUGGACACGUUACUAAAUGUGCUGCUGAGAUCAUGGCCUCUGGAUAAACUGACUGAGACGUUCAUGUCAUGAAAUAACUGAACUAAUGGGAGUGGGGUGGGGGGGUAGGUUGUAGGUUGGGUAGGUUUCCUCUCAAAAAGCUUAAUAUGUUGGCACUAAAUAUAUCAAUGUGGUUUAUUGUCAAAUGAAAAUGAUGUUCUAAAUCUCUUAAAUUCUCUUAAUUUGACUUAAUUGUUUAAAAAAAACACUCAAGAGAUGAAAAAAACAAUCUUUCACUCAACGUAAUAAAUUAUAGAACACGAAAAACAAGUGGUCUAGAAGUAAAUCAUUUAGUUAAACAUCUUAAUAAUUCAGCAGAAUGGUUUGUUUCCCAAGCUAUUAACUCACUUUCUCCUAACAUACCAAUUACUGUCUGCGCCAUUCAUUACGAUACAAGACGCUCCCACCAAAGACAAAACACAAAAGAAUAUUUUGUUUUCCUCAUGUAUUUUCAUCCCUUGUUUCAACUCUGCAGUUCUCUUUACACGCAGCUCGACACAGCAGAGUAAUCCACACAUCUACACACAAACACACACACACCUGUCAACCUGAAGCGGCAAAAUUAGCAUCUGUUUCGGUAAUGAGGCAGAGCUGUGAAUGCAGCACCAGAGGCAAUUAUGGUUUGAUUGUCUACAUCAUGACGGCGACAUCAAUCCAGCCUUAAUGGCAAAUUAAUUACGGCAUGCAUACGUUUGUAUUCUGAAUGAGCGGCUCUGUCUGAUUAUGUGACUUUUUCUUUUCCUCUUCUUUUCACAACAGGGCAGGUAUUGUUCUUCCUAUGGGAAGUGCUAAUAGGGUCAAAUAUUGAUAUUCAAUUAGCUGCAGCGAAAGCUGAUGUGCAUUUUUAUUUAUUUCUUGUGGCCCGACUUAAAAAAUUGUGUCUGAUCUGCAGUGCCGUGGGACCCAGCUGGGAGCUGGAGCAGCUGGAAAACAUUAUCAGUAUUCCAGACUCGUAGCGUGAGAGGCUCCCCUCGUCCAUACUAAUACCUGUGAGCUGUGUCGCCUGGUUCUAAUGGGAGUCCUGAAUUAUUUUCUGCUCUGAUAUUCUGUUGGAAAAACUCCAGUGUGCAGCCGAAAAACAGCAUCAACAUUGACCUUGUCACUUCGAGUCUGUGUUGACUGCUCAAAAUGGAAUCAUUGCAAGAUGUGGCGUCCAACGCUGUGGCCCUCAGGAACAAAGGACUGGCUUGACCCUUUUAAAUCCAAAGUUGUCUCAGAAAUCUAACUGUGGCCAAUGGUAACAAACAAUGUUCUGAACUUUACAGUCUACGGCAGAGGCUCCAAAAAAAAUUCUCAGCCUAGGAACUCCUAAAGAUAAAAAAAUAUAUACAGAGGGCAGUCUCAUAUAUGGAUAUAUUAUACAAUAUAUCCCUUGGAAUAUUUUUUUUAACUUCUAAGUUAACUUAAAGAUCAACACAAGAGAAAUGUCUUAGAAAGAUUUCAGACUUAUGACUGUCCCCUGGCAGUGGUCCACGGACCCCCAUUUGAGAACCACUGGUUGAUGGUUUCAAAAUGUCAGUCAUCAGUAGGUCAGUCCACCAAUUUGGUCCAUGCUUCUAGAUAUUUGAAGAUAAAUUGUAGCAUCUUUGUUCAUCCUUUCAAUUCCAUUAUCAUCAGUUCAACAUUGUACUUAGUCCAUUACUUUGGUUUAAGACUUAAUUCCCGUAGAACCAUGGGUCUGCCAACACAAAACAGCUGCUCGCCUGUGACACUUUAUUUAGAAAACUCAGAGCAAGCCUUACAUGAGCUGACCUGUGCACCAGCCGACUUCUCUCAUGCACAGGAAACAGGAGAGUGAUGAUCUGGACUCUGCUGUGCUCAUCACUCACCUGCUGCAGCUGGAGUUGUUCACUUGAACCACCUCCUCACCCACAAAUAGGUGUUUCAUAUACUAUUGUAGUAUAUAGUAAGACCCUGUCAAACCAGUCAGUUAUAACAAGACAUAAGCAUUUUUUAGGUAACCAGGUCCAAACACUGUAUUUCACUGUUUGGCCAGAAUUUGAAUGGGCCACUAAGCAGGUGCCAUGUUUCAUAAGGAGAUUUCAGUCAUUAUUGCGGACGUUGCAUUCGAUGUCUUCAAUAGUAGUUCUCUGAUUAACUUAACAUUAUCUUAAUUUACAUGUUAUGGUGUAAUGCUCUGUGAUUCAAGGAAAUUAUGCUUCACUGCUCUGUCACGAUAUUGACAAUAAUUAAACACCUUUAAAGAUG